GGCUCAAUGCCAAUGCCUGUGCCAUGUUGAACUUGAAGUUGAAGAGGGCAGAACCAGAACACUCGAGAGCUCAGGUGGCGCACACGGUUUGAUUCGGCUCUAGCUUUGAAGGCAAUUGAAGGAGACUUUGUGCAUGCAGGUCGUUGGAGCAUGUUCACUUUCUCCUCCUUAGACAGUCGACUUCCAUCCAUGUAAAUUCUACCUGUUGGCGCUGCUCAGAUGGAGGUGGUUUGAGUCCUGCAUUGAUCUGAUUGAUAAUCUUUCAGCAAGAUUGCCCUCCCGACCUACAAAGUACAAAAAGCUCUUGCAAAGUAACGCAUUCUCUUAUCGUAUAGCUGCAAAAGAGAUAGCAUCUCAUCGCAGCCACAAUGAGCGACGCAAGUAAAGAAGAGAAGAAAGAGCUGCCGUGGUGGGCAAUCGACAAGGAAGCAUGGAGGCGGAAAUUUGGCGCUGUUGUAAAGUUGCAUUCUAGUAUGAAGGAGGACGAGAAACCCUUGCCAGCAUGGACGUCGAAGGACAUAGAGGCGUUUGCGAAAGAAGACCCGGUGUAUGGGCCACAGGUUGCGGCGCUGAGAAAGAACUCGGAGGCCUGCGGUUACGGUGCAGUGGCCGGCGCGGUUGGAUCAGCAGGAGUUGCAUUGAGAUUCUCCAAAAGUCCUCACGGCGCCGUACUGGCGGGAGUUCUUGGCGCUCUCACAGGAUGGCUCGUCACCAACGAAGGCGCGACCUGGGCAUACGGGACGUACAAGUUCGAUAACAUGGAUGCAAACCUCAAAUUUGUCGAGUGGUGGAGAAAGAAGUCCUCAAGCUGAGGACCGAACCAUAAAAGAGAGAUGUUCGUUCACCGUACAUAUAGAUGGAAUGCAUAAGGCUCCCCUCAUGAAAAGCGCCAAUUUGUACAAGAGUUCUAGAUGAAAGGUGGUCCGAGCCUGACAUACAGUUUCCCUGCUGACAUAAAGACAACACUGUUCAAGCGUCACACUACAUCAUUGUGUACCCUCCGGGCGGCUUUGGUCUAACUUGGACUGGCAGGGUUCCGGUGACCUAAAGGAGUGACUGCAUCAAGCCUCGAAGACCCUAAGCCGAUUCCUAUCUUGAGCCGGGAUCCAAUGUUUGCUUCAAGCAUUGUGCUGUGGGUCUGACGGCCAUUGCACGGUUGCCAAACUAG